AUGCGCGUUUCCGGCAUUGAAUGGGGCAGGAUGGGAGGCAUGGGGCGGACGUGGCGCCUCCUGCCUUCCGUGCCAAGCCUGCUUCCCAACGCGCUGAGGCGCCCCCCGCGGGGAGUUUCGACGGGAGCGGCGGUGGGGAGUGGUGCGAUGGCGGUGGCGUCAUUUGGCGGUGGGCCGCUGUGGGGACCAUCCCCGCUCGCCUUCAAGCGACCAUCCACCAGGCAUAGCCGUCAACUGGUUGUGCGUGCUCAAACUCCAGGUGGGGGCAAGCGGAUCUCCCAGAACGAUUUCACGGAGAAAAGCUGGCAGGCGAUAGUUGCAGCUCCUGAGAUUGCCAAGGACUACAGUCACCAGGUUGUGGAGACGGAGCACCUCUUCAAGGCACUUAUGGAGCAGCCCAACGGUUUGGCAAGGCGCAUUAUUUCAAAAGCUGGUGGAGAUCCCACUGCUCUGCUGGAGACCAUAGAUGAGCACAUUCGGAGGCUGCCACGGGUAUCUGGUGAUUCUGCACAGGUUUUGGGUCGGCAUCUUGAGGGUGUGGUGGAGAAAGCCCAACAGCUCAAGAGCCAAUGGAAAGACAGCUUUGUCUCUGUUGAGCACCUUGUCUUAGCACUUGCCCAGGAUGUCCGAUUUGGGGAGUCACUUCUUAGAGGCAGGAAGCUGACCUACGAUGCAUUGCUUAAGGCAGUGGAGGAAAUUCGAGGUAGUACCAGGAUUACUGAUCAGGACCCUGAGGGGAAGUAUGAAGCACUUGCUAAAUAUGCACGUGAUCUGACAGAGGCUGCAAGGAAUGGUCAGUUGGAUCCAGUCAUAGGAAGGGAUGAUGAAAUACGCAGAUCGAUUCAGAUCUUGUCCCGCCGGACUAAAAACAACCCAGUCCUCAUUGGUGAACCUGGGGUUGGGAAAACUGCUGUGGCUGAAGGGCUGGCACAAAGAAUAGUUGAUGGUGACGUUCCAGCAGCUCUGCAGGACAGAACUCUGAUGGCUCUGGACAUAGGUGCUUUAAUAGCAGGGGCUAAGUACAGAGGAGAGUUCGAAGAUCGGUUGAAGGCAGUCAUCAAGGAGGUCACGAGCUCGAAUGGCAAAAUCGUGCUAUUCAUUGAUGAGAUCCACACUGUAGUUGGAGCAGGCGCAACUCAGGGUGCCAUGGAUGCUGGAAAUCUUCUGAAACCGAUGCUAGGUCGUGGAGAGUUAAGGUGCAUAGGUGCCACCACUUUGGAUGAGUACAGGCAAUACAUCGAGAAGGAUGCUGCCCUGGAACGACGAUUCCAGCAGGUCUACAUAGACCAACCCACUGUGGCACAGACUGUUUCCAUAUUGCGUGGGCUGAGGGAGAGGUAUGAGCUGCACCAUGGCGUCCGGAUAUCAGACACUGCGCUUGUGGAAGCAGCAGCCCUUUCCGAUCGCUACAUUGCCGAUCGGUUUCUGCCUGACAAGGCCAUUGACCUUGUAGAUGAGGCAGCUGCCAAGUUGAAGAUGGAAAUCACCUCCAAGCCCCUUGCCCUUGAUGACAUUGACCGCAAAGUGCUGCAGACGGAAAUGGAGAUCAGGGCUCUGGCGAAGCCAAGUUCGUCGGACAAGCAGGCGGCCCGCAGGUUCCAGCUGCUGGAGUCUGAGCUGAAGACAUUGAAAUCCCAGCAGAAGACACUUACUGAGAAGUGGGAACAGGAGAAGAAGGAAAUGUCGCAGCUGCAGGACAUCAAGGAGGAGGUCGAACGGGUGAACUUGGAGAUUCAACAGUCAGAAAGGGACUAUGAUCUCAACAGGGCUGCCGAGCUGAAGUAUGGAACCUUGAUCAACCUCCAGAAGAAGCUGAAGGCCGCAGAGGAAGCGCUGACCCAGCAUGCUGAGGGCAGCCGGAUGCUCAGGGAGGAGGUCACAGAGGAGGACAUCUCUGAAGUAAUUUCCAAGUGGACUGGCAUCCCUGUGACCAAGCUCUUGCAGUCUGAAAAGGAAAAACUGCUCCUCCUGAGCGAGCAGCUGCACAAAAGGGUAGUGGGGCAGAACGAAGCUGUUGAGGCGGUUGCAGAUGCCAUUCAGAGGUCGCGUGCGGGCUUAGCUGAUCCAGAAAGGCCAAUCGCUUCAUUCAUGUUUCUUGGACCAACAGGUGUCGGCAAGACGGAGCUGGCCAAGGCAUUGGCUGAAAACCUGUUCAGCACAGAGGACGCCAUCGUGCGUGUGGACAUGAGCGAAUACAUGGAAAAGCACUCUGUCAGCCGCUUGAUCGGCGCUCCUCCUGGUUACGUUGGAUACGAAGAGGGGGGUCAAUUAACAGAGGCCGUCAGGAGGCGGCCAUAUGCCGUCGUUCUGUUUGAUGAAACGGAAAAAGCUCAUGGGGAUGUUUUCAAUAUCUUGCUGCAGCUCCUUGAUGAUGGGCGUGUCACUGACUCUCAAGGCAGAACAGUCAGCUUCAAGAACUGCAUUGUCAUCAUGACAUCCAACCUUGGGUCUUCCGCGAGUUUGGAGGAAUCUGACAAGGCAACAAGGACAGAGAUGGUCAUGUCGCUCGUGCGAAGCACAUUCAGACCCGAGUUUGUCAAUCGCAUUGAUGAAUACAUAAUGUUUGAUCCCCUUCGCUUGGAAGAGAUCAAGAGCAUCGUGUUGCUGCAGGCCAAGCGCGUCGCCCAGCGACUGGCGGACAAGAAGAUCAAGCUGGACCUGCGAGACAGCGCCCUGGAGUACCUGGCCGCGAAGGGCUUCGAUCCCGUGUUUGGAGCCAGGCCCGUUAAGAGGGCGGUCCAGAGGGAGCUGGAGACCAAAUUGGCCAAGGCAAUGCUGCGAGGGGAGUUCCAGGAAGAGGACACUGUCGUCGUGGAGGCGGACGGCGGCCAGGCGGCUGAUGGCCUGUCGCUCCGUCGGCUGGAGGAAACAGGUGGGAAUGGCGCCGUCGGCGUUCAGGGGAUCGGGUUGGCUGAAAAGGCCUGA